GCGGAUGAAGAAGAGAAGGACGAAGAGGAGGGAAACGAGGAGGACGCGACACCCAAACGGGUAGAAGCACAAGGGGAAGAGGCCAGAUCCGCGGCCCUUGCAUCAUCCCAUCUAGUCUCCUGCCAGCCUCCCCCUCCUUCCCUUCGCAUUGUCACCCUCCCUCCCUCCCACUUCCUCCUCCCCGGCCUUGUCGACACCCACCUCCACGCCCCUCAAUUUGGCUACACGGGCACCGCCACCCAUUUGCCGUUGCUGGAAUGGCUGAACCGGUACACUUUUCCCUCCGAGGCUCGGCUCGCCAGCGAUUUGUCCUACGCCCAGUCCCUCUACCGCUCCCUCCUUGACACGGUGGUAGGGCAGGGUACCACCACGGCCCUCUACUUCGCCAGCAAGGACCUGGCUCCCACCAAGCUACUGGUCGACCUGAUCCACGCCAAGGGGCAGCGCGGUUUCGUAGGGAAGGUGAACAUGGACAGGCAUGCGCCCGAGGACUACUGUGAGGCGUCCGCCUCCGCCUCCUUGGCAGCGACGGAGGCGUUCCUCGACUACGUGCUGGACGUGGUGGCUUCCCCGUUGGUCCGCCCGGUCUUGACCCCACGCUUCCUCCCCACCUGCUCCGACGCCUUACUCCAAGGGCUGGGUGCCCUGGCGCGCAAAUAUGCAGGAAGGGAAGGAGGGCGGGAAGGAGGGCGGGGUGGGUCGACACCCGGUUUACACAUCCAGUCCCACAUCAGCGAGAGCGCGGACCAGGUGGCUUUCAACCAUCGUCUGGCCGAGCACCACCAAGGAGAGUCUCGGGACCUUCCUGUCUUCGAACGGUGCGGGCUCCUCACCCCGCUGACCGUCUUGGCUCAUGGUAUCCACCUCUCCCCCUCCGAGCUCGCCAUCCUGGCGCGUAGGGGGGCCGGCCUCGCCCAUUGCCCCCUCUCGAAUUUCUUCUUCGGACACGGAGUACUCCCCGUGCGGAAGGUUCUAGAAGCCGGGGUCAAGGUCGGUUUGGGCACUGACGUGGCAGGAGGGUACUCGAGCUCCAUGCUGUCGGCGAUCCGGUCCUGCGUGUUGGCCUCGCGGGCCCUGGAGGACGGGGAAGCCCUGUGGCUUGCGACGAUGGGGGGGGCGGAAUGUCUGGGCUUGGAGGAGGAGGUGGGUUCAUGGGCGGUGGGGAAAGCCUUCGACGCAGUCCGGGUAGAUGUGAAGAAGGGAGGGGCAGUGGUGGUGCUGGAGGGUGGGGGAGACAGUGCAGAGGACCUGGUGGAAAAAUGGGUGAAUAACGGGGACGACAGGCAUGUCCUUGAGGUGUAUGUGGUAGGGAGGGAGAUCAAGCACGGGGGGUGGGAGGGAGGGGGCGGCGGGGCGGGGAAGGGGCGAUCAAAGACACAGAAAUAA